AUGCCGAAGUCGUUUGUCUCUUUCCAAGGCCAAGAUGAAGCCGACUCCUUUUACCCCCAUCCCGCUACCGCCCCGUCGUCCCCUGAGACCCUCCGCAGGACAAAUACAUCCCUCUCCGCAAGCGAGCUCAGGGCUCGCUUACCAGCUUCUCUUGUCAUGACUCCAAGAUCAGCAGAAGACAGUGCCUUGUUGGAAGGAGACCGUCGCUCCAUCCGCAAAUAUACCGAGAACGUGCCUGAGUCGCCGAACUCCAGGCAGCUUUCAAGAGUGAACAGCACAAGUGGCAGUCUACGCAGGCGGAGAGGCUACUACAGUUCUCGGCCCUCGGGAAAUGCAAGUCCUGUCUGGAUGCGGAACUCAGGUCUGCGAACGCCAAAGCUCUCCUCAUCGAUGCUGGCGGGCUCGUUAUCAAAAGACGAUCGAUUGUGGUAUGACCAAUUCACUUCGACCGAUUGGGUGCACGACAGCAUUGCAGAUGGAUACCGGGUCCUGGAACUGAAGAAACGGAAAGGGUGGAGGGGACGCCUGGGAUUACUCCUCGAUUCAGCCCAGGGAUGGGUCCUCGUUGCUCUGAUCGGUGUCGCUACGGCCGGCAUAGCAUACUUUGUCGACGUGACAGAGUCGGCAAUCUUCGAUAUUAAGCGUGGCUUUUGUCGAGGCGCCUGGUACCUUGGCCGCACAAACUGCUGUGCUGGAGAACGUAACUGUGACAGAUGGAGGACCUGGUCCGAACUCAUCCACCCGUCGGGCAUGGACGAUGUUCAUUUCAACUACCUGGCAUUCAUCAUCGGAUGUGUGACUCUCGCAGCCCUGUCAUUCUUCAUCACCCUCUAUUCCAAGACCAUUGUACCUUCGCAAAUUGCGUCUACCUUCGACGAGAACCUGGGCGCCCUUCAGCAGAACGUAAAUAAUGGGGCGGAUGAGGACAAGUCAGGGGGUGCUCAGCAACCACCAGCUCAAGACCAGCCACCCCCAAACGUCUACUACUCGGCCGCUGGAAGUGGUGUCGCAGAAGUCAAGGUCAUUCUGAGUGGCUUUGUCCUCCAUGGAUACCUCGGUCUCCGGGUUCUGGUCCUGAAAACAAUCGCUCUCAUUCUAAGCGUAGCAUCGGGUAUGAGCCUGGGCAAAGAAGGUCCCUACGUCCAUAUAGCAACGUGUGUGGGCAACAUCGCCUGCAGGUUGUUCGCCAAAUACAACCUCAAUGACGGUAAGAGAAGGGAAGUCUUAUCGGCCAGCGCGGCGGCUGGGGUUGCUGUCGCUUUUGGUUCACCCCUGGGCGGAGUUCUUUUCAGCCUGGAAGAAGUCAGCUAUUACUUUCCGCCAAAGACGUUGUUUCGAACGUUCUUCUGUUGCAUUGUGGCCGCAUUAUCCCUCAAGUUUCUGAACCCAUACGGGACGUCCAAGAUUGUCUUGUUUGAGGUCCGUUACACCACCGAUUGGCGUUUCUUCGAGCUUCUCAUUUUCAUAUUGCUCGGCGUUGCGGGUGGCCUGGCUGGGGCGCUCUUCAUCAAAGCCUCUCGGUUCUGGGCAACUACGUUUCGCCGUAUCAAAGUCAUCAAGUCCUAUCCAAUGCUGGAAGUUCUCCUCGUGGCACUCGUCACCGGCCUCAUCAGCUUCUGGAACCGGUACACGCGGCUAGCAGUCAACGAACUUCUUUUCGAGCUGGCGAGUCCAUGUCAGAAGCAGUCGGCGACGGGCCUCUGUCCUAACACCGAGGAUGAAAUUCUGAGAGUCAUCGGUUAUCUGAGUGUAGCAUUUGUCAUCAAAGCUUUCCUUACGAUAAUUACGUUUGGGAUCAAGGUGCCCGCCGGCAUCUACGUGCCGUCGAUGGUGGUUGGAGGUUUGAUGGGUCGCAUAGUCGGUCACUUGACCCAGUAUGUUGUGGUCAAGCUUCCCAAUUUCUUCUUGUGGUCUCACUGUCGGGACUCGGGCAAUAUCGAAGCAUGCGUCACGCCCGGGGUGUAUGCCUUGGUAGCGGCCGGUGCUACCAUGUGUGGUGUCACCCGUCUCUCGGUCACACUGGCAGUCAUCCUCUUUGAAUUGACGGGGAGCCUCGACCAUGUGCUGCCUUUCUGUUUGGGGGUGCUCUGCGCCAAAUGGACGGCGGACGCUGUCGAGCCCCUUAGCAUAUACGACCUGUUGACUGACAUGAAUUCGUAUCCCUUCCUCGAUAACAGGAGGACUCCGGUCUUCGACUCGGAACUCGGAGACAUCACACCCCGGUUCCGACGGGACAAAGUGAUCGACAUUACGAUAUCUCCUCUUGUCAAGGCCAGUGAUCUGCGAGCCAAACUUCGACGCCUACAGAAUCUUGGCGAACUCGACGGGGGCCUGCCUAUCAUCCGAGACAAAAAGUUGGUCGGGCUGAUUCCAGCUCCAGACCUGGAGUUUGCCUUGGACAGGGUUGAGGAUGAGGACAAUGCGUUCUGCUUGCUCUCCACCGAGGAUCAUGCACACAAUACGCAUCGGCGCUACUGGGAAGCGUUCGAGGAGGCUGGCUAUGAUUCGGGAAGGGACGACUCUGACGAUCAAGACUCGCCAGCCACAAAUCCGACGGAUUUGACUUCUUACAUCGACCCUGCUCCGGUGGCCCUGGAUAUGCAUUCGCCGAUGGAUCUUGUGUAUCAAUGUUUUGUAAAGUUGGGUUUGAGAUAUAUCUGUGUAUUGAACGAGGGUGAGUUUAGGGGUAUGGUGCAUAAGAAGGCGUUUGUGAGAUAUAUCAAGACCUUGGAGCAUGAGGGAAGUCGUCGCUGA